GAAGAGUCGGAGCAAGGAGUUGUGCAGCCGCAGCUGGUGGCUGAGCCGCAGCAAGACGUAGGUCCUGAUGUUUCGGGGAGAACUGCGGUCGUUCCUGGCCGUCGAGCUGUUAGCGAGGACAGGGCGGCUAGGGUCUCUGCUGCUCGUUCCGGGAAGAAGAAGGUGUCAGGUUCGACUAACGAGGCCACCUUUCGUGUUCCCCCCGAUGUUGAUGUUUCCUUACGUAGGAAGGUUUCUCAUGGAGGCCAUUCGCGGGAGUCUUCUGGUAUCGUACGAGAACGGGGGAGUUCUGCUCAAGAGGUCCGGGGAGUUGACUAUUCCUUCUCGUUCAACUAUGAGAAGAAAAACGAACCAUUUCCGGUUAGCAGGAGUUCUUGUGGUGACUUCGCAAGCAAGGUGUACGGAUCUCCUCACGAGUUUCCUCCCGUUGAUUCUCUCCUGGGGAUGAAUCUUUAUCAGACUUGGGCUUGCAAGCAGAUUCAGGUUCGUUGGAUUUCCAUUUGGACAGGUCUUUAUCAUUUCUCUUCUUUCUAUUUUUUGAGUUCUUCGAAUGAUUUUUUUGUUGUUCUCAGUCGAUCAGUGCCGGAAACGCUCUUGUCGAUUUUUACGAUCGCCGAGCGAAGGAUCUUGAACAGGAAACGGUCGCCCUUAAAGCGGAGAACAAGACCUUAGGUUUUUCUGCGCAAAAUCGGUUGCGUGCGUUGAACUCGGAAAAAGGAAAGGUCGGAAAUCUCGAGGAGCAGGUCGAAAGGCUUACGGCACAGCUUAAGAAGGCUACUGCCGAGGAGACUAGGCUAAGGGACUCGCGUACUUCUGCUGUUCGUUAUGAACGAAACCGGGCUAAGGAAAAGAUUACCAAGUACACUGCCCGAAUUGAGAGGUUAAGGAAGCACAUCCUUGAUUGUCGAGCCGCGCAAGAUCCUCUGUUCAUGCAGUGCCAAGCUACGGGUACUCGGAAGUGCCUAAAGAAAUUUAUCGCCGACGGCUUGGCAGUUCCGGAUGAGAAGAUGGCGGCACUUAAAGCUGAUAAGCAUAAAUGGCGUGCGAUGGUUGAAUCGCUAACGAUUACCGAUCUUUGCGAUGAUGAUCUUGCUCCUUUUCCGGAGUUGGCGGAUGAUGCACCGGUGGAGGUGACCGAGGCUGGAGUGGAGGGAGAUGGUGCUUAGGUUGCUGGUGCCUUGGUGAUCUCUUUGAGUAUGAGGAUUUGAUAUUCGCUAUUUCUUCUUUCAGUAUUCGUAGAUUUUGUCCGGCUUUUUAGCUUGUUGUAGCUUUUCGGAUCGGCAUUAUGUACGGUUGGCCCCGUGUUGGGUUUUGUUGUAUUGCGGAUUUUUAAAUGUACUAUGGUUGUUUCGCGGUUGCGGCAGCUUCUUUUUA